CUCCAGAUGAGACGAUGUUUGGGUUGUGGACGAGACGGAGAUUUGGCAAGGAGAAGAUGGCGGCAUAUUUUCUUUGCUCCGUUAUGGAUACUCCAGGUGUGGUGUCGGGUCCAGAGAGCAAGGCUCCAUCAUUUAUAUGAAGUUUUAUGUUAAUAUCUUAUUUAAUUUUUCCAGCUCCAUAUAAUGAUGGUUCCGGACACUGAGGAUAUGCAGCAUACAAAGCAUGAGCAAAGCCAGAAAGUUGCCGAGAUGGACCUCGAAGAAGAGACGAGAAGACCAGUACUCCGGGCAGAGGCUCCAGAUGAGACGAUGUUUGGGUUGUGGACGAGACGGAGAUUUGGCAAGGAGAAGAUGGCGGCAUAUUUUCUUUGCUCCGUUAUGGAUACUCCAGGUGUGGUGUCGGGUGCAGAGAGCAAGGCUCCAUCAACAGGACCGCAUCAGGUGGCCCAAGAAUUUCCCAAGCGUGAUGAAAGCAAGGAGGGUUAA